UGUUCUUUCUAAAGCACUAUAAGUUUGUAAACAAAGUGUUUGACGAAAAAUAACCGUAGACACUCUUGCUUUCAAUACACGAUUUCUAAAAGAACUAGUCCAAUUUUAAGCAAUAUUCACAAGUUCGUACAAGGGAUUUCAGACAUAAAUUACUAUCUAUAGCAAAAUUACUAUUAAGUCUUAGAAUAAGAUGAUUCAAAUGAAACGAUUUGGAUUGGGUACUUUCGCUAACGACGAAGACAGCAAGAAUAACAACCAGGACUAUGGUAAAGACUCGAAACAUGAAGAAAAAAAGCUGUUUCCAGAGCGCAAUGGCAUUGGAUGGGACAUCCUUCGUGGCCUGAUAACACUUCUGUUCUACGUCUGCCAACUCAUUGUCGCRAUUGUCUUCAUCUCGUUCAUCAUCUCCGCAAUUGCCUUCUGUAUCACCGUAGCAUUAGACAUAGUCUCUGAGAUGAUUGCUCCAGCAGCGGCCACCAAAUCCAAGAAAGACCUCCUCUCCGUGUGUCUCUUUGUCAUCCUGUUAGCUCUUUUUAUAGUAGCAAGCUUUAUGUUGUCGCUCUUUGCUGAAGUUUUCAAAGCAGUUGUAUUGAAAACUUCACUGCAAUAUAACAUCGCAAGGGUGUUGUUCGUGUUGGUCGCGCUCGUAGUCGGUGGACUGUGGGUUGGUAUCGAAAGGACAGAAUCAAAUCGCGUGUCCUUUGCCGAGUAUCUAGAGUUUGUUGUGGUGGUAUGUUGGAUUUUUGCUUUUGUGUUUUCACUCCUAGGCUCGGUUUUAUUUCUUAUUUUUGUAUUCACUCGUUCGGUGAACAACCGCAAGGUUCUUUUUGCGUGUGUUGCAAUUGUUUUGCUUCUGGCUGCAUUUGCCGUGAUAAGUCCAAUUGCAUUUGGAAUCGUCGCUGAGGAGGCGUCGGCUGGAACGAUAUCUUUUGUCAUCUUCUUUCCUUUGCUCUCUUCUCUCUUAGUCAUGUAUACAUAUUUCAGAGGAAAAACGAAAGACCGCAAGACCUUUAUUAUAAACAAAUACGUUUGUCUCCUGGGUCUUGCUCUUUUUAUUUUCACCAUAAUCCUCUCACUGUUCGUAAAUGCGCCGGCAACUUGCAAGAGCAGCUGCAGAGAUGAAGCCAGGGCCAAUGCCAUAAAAGUCGACCGAGAAGCUUUCUUUUCAAAUCGUUAUCCCGUAUGCCUCCAAACGUGGACCUCUAUAAAACUGAACAUUGCAGAUCUGGCGUUCUUUGCUAACUUAACUUACAAUAAAGCGGUGAAAGAUGGGAAUUCUGCAGCGGUUCUAACAAUGGCAAAUGGCUUCUUCCAACCACAGAAUUUUAAUUGGUCCUUGGACAAUGACAUGAAAUCUUCAUCAAGAUUUCUGCAUUUUAGGCACCAAAACGUCCAUGUGUUCGGAAUCAAAGGUCCGGUCACCAACGCAGAAUUCGCAGAAACAGCAAGACUUUGGGAUGAAGUAGCGGCUCUGCAGUCAGUCGGGUUGAUUGUUCCUAUCUUGACGUACUUUCCCGUACGUUUUGUUGCGGAAUACGUCUCCAAAACGUCAUUCAUCAAUACUGUCUUCCACAGUGGUUCAAACACCAGAUUAUUUGAUGACAUCGAGAGCCGUUUGAAAGGGAUAAAUAAAACGAGCGAUGACGUGGUGCUAGUUGGACAUUCCUUUGGAGGCGGCAUUGCAAAGAUAAUAGGAGCCCGCCUUCAAAUUCCAGCGGUUGCCUUCUCAAGCCCAGGAAUCCUAUAUGGCAAUGUGAAAUUUGGGUUUUCAUUAGAAAACGCGUCAAAGUUUUCUGUGUCCAUCUCUCCGCAAAAGGACCCCGUACCUCUUAUCGAUAAACACGUAGGACUACAGCAAACGAUUAACUGUGAUGGCAAAACGUCUGUACAGUGUCACUUAAUUGAGCGUACUUAUUGCGAACUGCACAUUGGGUGUGGUCAGGGAAGAUCUGGCUGCCAAGCAAUCAUGGAUAACUAAUUAUUGACAAAACGAUAGUGCAGAUUAAUUAAAUAACCUAAAAAACGCAUAAAUAAUUAAUGAACUAUUAGGUCAAUAAGGUUUUUCGCUUUGGUCAGGUGAUUGAUCUUGUAAAUCUGAUACAACACGAGUUAGUCGUCAUUUUUGGUUAUUUAUCAUCAGGCUUACUGUAAUUCACGUUUAAUUAGUGUUGACCUUCAUGUUGUAAACUACAACCUCUUUCUCAGGCCCUUUUCCCUUCGCUUGGGGUCAAGCGAAGGGAUAAGAGCCUGGGAACGAGGUUGUGGAAAGUAUACAUAACUCUGCCAUGAACUGGUCUAGGAUUCGCUAACAAGACCAAGUAUAUUCAAAUGCAAUUAUAUUAGACAAAGAAGAUGACACAGGGAUGGACUGACCUGUGUGUGGUGUUAGAAAAGUCUCUAAAGCAAUAAUCAUUAGUACCCGAUAGUGUAAUAUACUACAACUUCUAGAAUACAUCAUCUCACGCUCUGUCUAAAGUACUUUCUUUCUGGGGCCGCUUGUACGAAGGGUGACUAGCGUUAUCCAGAAAAUAACACCCCAUACAAAAUCUAAGGAGCAGAUAAUCCACCUACCCUUCGUACAACCGGACCCUGAAUAUGAAGAUGUAGUUGUAGUAUCAUUAAAUGACGCUAUCGA